AUGGACCCGAGCUCCAGCGCUUCUUCUGUUCCGCCUGCCUUAACCGUGCAGGUGUGUUUCCCAUCUGUGCGUGCGGCUGUUCUGGAUAACCUGAAUCACCAACGAGAGGAGGGCAGGUUGUGUGACCUCUCCAUUCACGUACAAGGCAAAGUUUUCAAGGCCCACCGUUGUGUGCUUGCUGCAUCCUCGCCUUACUUUCAUGAUCAGGUGUUGCUGAAAAAUGUGACAACGGUUUCCCUCCCCUCCGUCAUGGACCCGGUGGCAUUUGAGAGCGUGUUAAGUUCGGCGUACACUGGUCAACUGAGCAUCGUUCACGAUGAUAUCGUCAAUUACGUGACAGUGGCUAGCUUCCUGCAGAUGUGGCACAUCGUAGACAAAUGCACAGAGAUUUUGAAGAGGCCCCGGCCCGCGGCGGAUGCGUCUCUACCGGACGCAUCAGCGGUUCAGGCCAGGCAGCAGUCACCAAGCAGCACUGACUGUUUGUACAUAGAGAGAGAGGGGAGAAGGAAAGACGUCAAACCUGACGCGCUACCUCCUUUAGCGACUUGGAGGCGCCCGCAGCAGUUUUCAAGAUGGGGGAGUUCACGGCCGACCUUAGCACAGCACUCGGCCGACUCGCAAGUUGAUUGCCUCCCGUACACAGAGGCCGAUGACGCUUCCUGCGAAGACGCGAGCCACAGUAAAAGCGGACUGUUUAUUCAAGGUGGUCCCAGUUCUGAGACAUUCAAGCUGAAAAGCAGGUGUCCAACACGUGCAGCUCUGCAUGAGAAGAACUUCAGCCGUGAGGGCAGUGAAACACAGCAGAGGAAGAAGGAGAGAAGAGAACUUGAAGCAGAUGAAGGUGUCGGAGAAGAAGUGGUGGAAAAGAAGGAAGGGUUUGCACACACAGGUGAUUCACGGCCCGUUUUAGUUGAGAAUGAGGACUCCAGACGAGCCAUGCUGAAGGUGAGUUUGGCGGACGUACGCGAUAAAGGGCAGAUGUCCAGCGUACCUCCCAGCCACAAAGCGGAAAGUCAUUUGGGAGAACCUUGCGUCGUUUUAGCCCGUGCACAGUGGCAAGCGAGCGCCUGGUCUCAACAAGAAUCCAGAUCGGAAGUGGUCGCUAAACCCGAAACGGCCCUCCAGUGUCUCAACUCGGAAACGUACGACGAAAUUGAAGACGGGACUGGUCAAGUUUCCCAAAGGCCCCUGGUGCCAACAUCUCCCGACUUCAACAUGGCCGCCUCAGAGAGCGGCUGGCUCUCCCCCACCAUGGCGGCCGGCACUUCAUCGCUAACCGUUUCCGCUCGCCAUCUUCCCCCCUCUUCCGCUAACCCGCCUCCUCCUUCUUCACCCCCGACCCCGUCGUCGUCCUCCCACGUGACGGCGGCCGGCGCCCCUUACGCGGGCAAAGUCCACUUCUGCCACUGCGGCAAAGCCUUCACGCUGAAGAGCAUGCGCGACCGUCACGUGAAAAUGCAGCACCUCAACCUACGCCCCUUCGCUUGCCCCGUGUGCAACAAGUCCUUCAAGAUGAAGCACCACCUCACCAAGCACCUCAAAACUCACGGGGGUCUCCGGCCGCACGAAUGCGGCGUCUGCGGGAAGAAAAUCAUCUGGCGGGAUAGCUUCCUUCGCCAUCAAGCUAGGUGCGAAAGGCUCGCGUCCUCCGCGAACCCUCAGACCGACGCGGAUGACGGUUACGCGUACAACUUCGACGGAGGGGACGCGUUUCUGUCCAUGGGCGGGCAAGUGAAAGUUGAAGAAGUAGACUUUCAGGGAGAAAUGGAGGACGGGAUGAGCGGCUUGCUAGGAAGCGUGUCGGGAAUGGUGGAGGAACUUCGAACUCAACAUUUGGAAGCUAGCGCUCAUGUUUACAAAGAGGAAGUUGGAGAUAACUUUAGUGAAAGUAAAUAG